AUCUUUCCUGAAGAACAUCUGUCAUGAAGUUUCUAAGCGUGAUUCCUUGUUCUGCAGGUUCUAUGAAGGAGUUGUUGAUUCCUACGACCCCAUCAAAAAGAAGCACAGGGUGAGAUGACUCUGAGUGAUCCCUACUUAUCUUGGAAAAAAAGAAAGGAGGGGGAAUGAACCUGUCUUCUACUAUUUCAGUCUUUAUAUAGCAAUUGUGACUGUACCUGGGGCCAAAGUUUAUGAUAAAUCAUGAGAAAUUGUCUUACAGCAAUGACUCCUUUUGUUUGUCUCUAUAGCUUUUCUUGUAAGAUCAAUGGAUCCAAAUUACUCCUUUGAUGGAGUAAUUGGUUCAUUGUGGAUGAUGGAGUCCAAAUCUUCUUACACAACUUCCAUCAUCAAUGGAGCAUCUAUCUUCAUUUCUUCCUAUCAUAGCUCUAAAAUACUUCUGUUGAUGACUUGUUCAGGUCUUGAUGCUGAUGGGGAUGAAGAGAAGCUUAAUCUCAAAAGGCAGCGGUGGGAACUAAUUAAAGAUGAUAGUUUUCCAGUUCAAGAGCAGGGGAUUGAUGUUCCAAAAGCUGCUACUUCAUCUGACGUACUGCAAAAGGCCAAAUGCGAGACUAAGUCAGAGUCAAGGAAGAGAUCAAAGGCUGUUUCAUCCUCGAAAAGAAGCAGAGCUGCCAUCAUUUCCAAAACUAGAGCUAGAAGAUCUGCAUACGGUGCUGUGCCUAACGAACCAAUUAUUGUCAACAAACCUGCGGAUCAUGACACAUCUGGGUCAGAUAAUGGUUCAGAAGAUGAUGGUAAAAACACUUCGGGGCCAGAUAGCGGUUCACAAGAUGAUGGUGAAAAUUCUACUGUCAAGUUGAAGAUCGACAAUCCAUUGACUGAUAUCAAGUCCAAGCAAGCAAUGCCAGAGACUGUAAAUCCAUCUGACAAUGGAAGUCCCAAAGCUGGUACCGAGUAUUGUAGCUUCAACUCUGAGCAGACAACUUCAGUCGGUGUGACACCAUCCAAAGAUGAAAGUUCCGAAGGGGAUGAUGAAUCUCACGGCUCGGAUGGAUCUAAUAGGGAACAACAAGGGGAAGUGAGCUCUAACUUUUCACCUGAAACUGAGUAGGAACUGGUAAACCUCGUGUACAGACACAGCGGACGGAGAGGCACAGGGAAACGUUGUGAGUUUGGUUUCGUUUAGAACUAGUGUUAGUUUUAGCGCCUCUGUUUUAGGCAACUGAAGGAUAUAUUUUGCGACCCUAGUGGAGUACAUGCAAGCAAUCCUUCGGCUUAGACAGGAACAAUGGUUUUGAUGGGGCUUGUAUUGUAAUGGAUCCCUCAGCCCAUGAAGUGUUUAGACCUCAAUUUGAUUGCAAUCUUAAGGGUGUUUAUGAAACAACCUCUGCCACAUUAUUUUAAAGACUCUGGAUGUUAUAACAUAUGCAUUUAUGAAAAGGAGGAUGUUUUGGCCUGCAAUGGUGUCAUGACAUGGCCAGGAUUUCA